UUCCUUUUCAGUAGUGUUGCGGGUUCAUUGUUCAUUUGAAUGAGCGAGCAUCCAAUGGAGAAGGAGAACCCAUUCGAUCCCGAUUUGGUCCACGAAAUUUUCAAGCUUGCUUGGAAAAGAAGAGCUGCAGAGCGUGGGAAAAAUGAAAUAUCUGAGAAUAUGGACAACGAGGUUGGGGCUAGCUCAUCAAAGAGACCUCGGCCUACAUUUGCUAAUGCAAAUGCACUGAAGCUGAGCUCUGAACUUCUCCGAGUCUUCGUAGCAGAAGCUAUACAACGUGCUGCUACUAUUGCUGAAGCGGAGGGCAGUAUCAAAAUUGAAGCAACUCAUCUAGAAAGGAUACUUCCUCAGUUACUUUUAGAUUUUUAAGGUACUUGAGGAGAUCUGGAAUCAUAAAGUUUUGUCUCUACGAGAAUGCAGAAAUGGGUAUUAUCCUCUUAAAAAUGGGAUGCCGCUUUUCUUCUCUAAACAUUCUAGAUGUUGGAUGAUUUCUUCUGUAGCUCUUGGAGUAACUAGCAAAUUUUGAUUGUUUGUCUGUUUUUAGAAUUUACGAUACUCCAGGUGUUACCACAUGUUAGUUCUUGGAAAAGGUGCCCCUGGGAAAAACUUUUUUUCUCAAAAUAAUCACAAUUUUUGUAAUAUCACUUUCUUAUGGAUUGAGGAAGUUUUAAUGCUAGAAACCAUUGUGAUUGAUUU